CUCCCAGAAUGCACGGCUUGCAGCGCGGCGCCAGCAGAUCAGGCCGAUACUCGCUCGAAUAAACAUCUUCCAAAGCCUUCAUCUGUCCAAAAUGCCCACGUGGAGGCCAAUUGGAGCGCGGUGGAAGGUCGGGGUGGUGCGACAGGCGGUAAGAAACGUCUGAUGUGUAAAUGUUGACUCGAGUAGGACUUUUUAGCCAAUUUGCUAAAGUGAUACAGAGAGUUAGCUCCCGCAAGACAAACUCCGACACAACUUAGUGAAGCGGACGUCUAUUGUUAUAAAUUGGUAAUUCUUGCUCGGUUAAACUUCGGACAUUUACUCGCAGCCGUGGGAACAAAUAUGUAUACCGAUGUGGUACUUAUCGAGUAAUCAACAAGUGUGAACUUAACUCAACAUCCGCCACCGAAAUUCACGAAGGCAAGUUGGGCUAGCAGACAACUUUAGCCCCGGUCAGGUCAUUUGAGAUGUUGAGCUUCCUCUGCUGAACACCAACGGACUCCGAGUCAGCAAAAGAAACUGUAUUAAUUGCGGCCCUCUUGGGUUGCUAUGGCAGGUGCUGUCACUGAAACCAAGCGCUGGACACAGGGCUGUCCCACCAAGGCAGGACAGACCACACAUCAUUUCCACAAGAGAUCAUUAAAUAGUACACAAACUGCACUUAGUAUUAAUGCAAACACACAGACAUAACACAACAGUCUAGGACCAAAGAGUGGAUGGCCAGCUAGCUGGAGAAUCCUCAUGAGUGUUGCUUGUGUGUGCUCCUACUCACUCAGUUCUUAUCCAGCGACACAACCAGCAACCUACCCCGUGGGACCAUGUUCCACCAGCAGGAACAACUGAAGGGGCAGCUGCAGGAUAGCCACAUAGCCAACAGGCAGCUGGGUUUUCACUGCCAGGAGUGUGGGAAGCAAUACAACACUCAGAUGGGUUAUAGGCGGCACCUAGUGGAAGCUCACAGUGCUGGCGCGGGCCUGUCCUGCUCGGACGGGGCACCGUCGCUGCUGGAGCACCUGGGUGGUGGCCAUAUUGACAGGCCUCCAUCAGCAGAGGGCAACAACAAUGCCGUUGUGGCGGUGAGAGAGAGGAAAUAUUCCUGCGAGCGAUGUGACCGCCGUUUUUACACCCGGAAGGAUGUACGUCGCCAUGCUGUGGUGCACACUGGACGCCGUGACUUCUUGUGUCCUCGGUGUGCUCAGCGCUUUGGCCGCAGAGACCACUUGACGCGACACUUGAAGAAGAGCCAUGCGCACGACGCAGGUUUGAUACCACUGGUGACAGCCAGCGCUCCUGUGGCGACAUCCACGACAACCACCCAGUGUCCCGUCAAGGAAUCCAGCCCUUUAGCCUCGGACCGAAGCUCCUCCACCUCCAAGGAACCUGUGGAGACUUUCACCAGGGACAUGUUCAACUCCUACCCCAUUACCAGUCCAGUCCCCGGGAUGAGUCACCCACAUGGCCUCAUGCAGGUGUCUCUGUCCUCAAGCAUGGGAGUCAGUCGGCACAUGCCCCCGCCGUCUCCUCACAACCACCACCAUCAUCACUUGCAGCCUCUGUCGGCGCCUCAGCAGCAGUCGUACAGCAACGUGCCCAGGUACCAACAAGGAUCUACCUCAUAUCCUCGCACUGACAUGGACAGUUUCCUGCUGGAUCUGCAGGGUGCCCCUCCUCCCCACCUCAGCUCAGUCAACUCUUCUACCUCUACGUCCACCUCUCCUCAAAGGGAGAUGCUUGCUGAAGGGAUUGCUGUUGGCAGCGAUCCCCACCUAGUGCCCAGGAAUGCUGAGCUUUCCUGCACUACUAACAUGGAACUUGGGCCACUGUUGGGCUUCUUGCCUUUCAGCCUGCCGCCGUACAGCUCUCAUGUAGGAAUGGGCGGGUUGAUGAUGGGUUACCCUCCUUCCACCACCGCCACCACCUCGCCAACCUCUUCUACUGGGUUAUCCUCCCAGACAUCCGGGCCUUUCACCUUCUUCCAGCCUCCUCAGGCUCAUGUGCCCCAGGGCGCUGUAGCCCACAACCAUAGCCAACUACCUCAGGCAUACAGCACUUCUGCUGUCAGCACUUCUAGCUCCUUACCUCAUUACUACCAAGCCUUUCAGCAAUAAGCAGUUGUGUGUUCUCAAACCCGUCUUCACAAAUGCGUUUGUUUUUCCUGUCAAGAGACAAAUGACAUCUUUAUCCAUACGUGUAUGUGUCCUGACUUUUGUUACUGCGAUAGAUUAUUCUUGAACACAACAAAUCACCUCAUCAGUAUUACUGUACCUCGUAAUUUAAAAAAACAAAACAAAAAACACUUGAAGGCACAAAUGUUGCCUAUCUCACUACAACCGACAAGAGUAAUUCUUUCAAAUCUCCGAACAACAGUUAAUGCACUUGAUUCCGCUCUCACUCCUAUGUGGUGACGACCUGGUUUAACGUCACGAAACAUGUAGCACACACUUACACAUGUCACACGUGUAUAGCCACCUUGAAGCACUGCGUUCAAAGAGGACCCACCAGCAUCGUGACAUAACCGCCAUGAAAUGCAUUACCCUUUGUUACCAUUUGUUUCUGUAUCACUCAUUUAGAAUGCACUUAAGUUUAGUUUUCAUCAUAACAUACCUUUUUAUUUUUCAAUGGCUUCAAGGAAAUUGGCGUUUGUGAUGGAUAAGCAGUUUCAUAACUAUUUCGAUUCUCUGCAGACUCGGGUUUGUUUUGUGACAAUUGUCUGUUAGUUAAAAUAGUGACUAUUUGGCUCAAAAUACCAUUGAAUAUACACUGAGCAACCAGAACAUUAUAACCACCUGCGCAAUAAAUUGAUAUCCAUUAUUGGAGCUGCGUCCUGCCUUUACAAAAAAAGGCGAGAGUAAUUAUCAACUGAGAUAAAUUGUGUGUUGCUUCAUCAAGAGAGCCGUGUCUGAACUGAACGUUAUCUUUGUCAUGGUCGAAUGUUUGAUGCAGUGCUUGUAUUGGAUAUCAUGUGGUUGUAGCAUGACUACAUUCUUAUCCAAAAUGUCAUACAGGGAAUGUAGUUGGUCACUGUGCAAAUCAGGAAACUCACCUCAGGAGCUUGACUGAUACUUAAAAUAAAAUGCACCGUUUCUUUCUUGGGGUAAUGAUAAUCUUGUUGUUUAUCCAGGCCGGUGUACUCUCAGGGAAUUGAAUCGCUAGCUACUGGACUGUUCAGGUUGUCUGAGAAGACGUUUAGCUCCUCAUCUGAACAAGCUUCAUCGGUUGAUGCUCAAGGCUUACUUUGUAGAUGGGACAACACAAGAUAACUGACAGAUGUUGCACAGUGCCCUUCUGGCAUUUGUUCUUUUAGAAAUCCAUUUUCUGUAGUCCCUCAGUGGCAAGAAUUCAUUUUACUCCCGCAAAAAUAUUGAGGAUGUCUCCAGUGAUGUUUUGUCAACUCGUUGCUGCUUUCAAAUGUUGCUUCCUGUUUGUUUCCAGGGUGUCCCAAAUCACGCACAGUAGUUAGGAGAUGCAUACCAGAGAUUGAUUAGCUAAAGUACCAAUCAGAAAUGGAUCCAACGAGCUCAGUUUUUAAGCAAGGAUUAAUGGUCAAAUGCAAUAGUAAAACAUGAUUUUCUCUUGAUUUUUGUCGGAACACACUUCUCAUCAGUGUGUGGUGUCAUGUAUGUCCACAAGUUUGAAUACAUUUGUGAUAAUGAGAAAAUUAUUCCACCGCUACGGCGUUUAAAGGAAGCGGCAAACAUUCAUCGCCACCGAUAACCAACCGUCUCAGUCAUCGUGUGAGGUGGAAUGGCACAAUGGAGAAACAUUUUUUUCUGAUUCCAUGCCCUUCACAUCAAUUACAAUUGCCAUGGGAGGAGUUAUUGCAGCCCGAAGUAUAAAGAACAAAAACUGAUGGAUUUCAUAGCCGAUUGUACUUGUGGAAACUUGGAUGUUCUGAAAUGUCCAAGCAGUUUUUUUUCCUCAUAAACGUACCGGGAUGUUUUUCAUAUAAAGUGCCCAGACUUAAAGCUCCACGUUUGAAACAUUUUCCCCUACAACUUCCAUUUUGAUCUGUUGAAUGGUACAAGCAUUGGCCUUGAGUCUAUUUGCCAUUUGUAUGUUUUGAGGCAAACUAUUGCGCUAAAACUAAGUGAGGCGACCCGGAAUUUUUUUAAAAAAGUGUAAUUUAGAAAUUUAGCUCUUCUGGAUAUGAGCAACUAUGAUCAUUGCUGUUUUGACUUAGCACGUCAAAACUAUUUUAGAAUAUGUGUAGCCUUUUCUCCUAUUAUCCAUGUGUCGGCCACUUUUUCUUUUGGCAUAUGACUGGCUCUCAAGAGCUUCGAAUGAAAUUGGGACUGAAACCCCACCCCGUCAUAUUGAAGACUAUUGCAAUCCAUCCUUUUUAUACUCUAAUCACACGGUCAAGAUGAAUGGAUCCCAACCGGGAUUCCAGUCGUGAGAAUUCCCUUCACGAACAUUGCUACAAGUUACAACAACUGUUGUGAUAUUGGAAUGAAGGCAUGCAAAGAGAUAAAGCUAUCUCUUUGAAAUCCAUUCACUCUGCUGAUUGACUGUUCCACUGGCAUUGUCACGAGUCUCACUGUUGCAUUGCACCCAUGUCAAAAUGCUACUGUUGUGUGUGUCUCUCUCAAAGAGUGUCUAAUCUCUUGACAGGGUUAAAGCACUUAUGACAUUUCCGAAGAAAAAAAAAGGUUUAUACCUCAAACAGAAAUAAGGGUUUCUGUUUUUCCUUUAUAGUUCUAGUUGUUUUGGCGCUUUUUCCAUUAGUUUUAAACUUUUGAUGGUAGCGUUUAUGAGUUAACUCUUAAUAUAGUGGCAGACAUUAUUAUAUAAUAAACAUUCUACCUCUAUCUUGUCAUAUCCUUCUGCAAUAUCAUUAGAAAAUGUUGAAAGAUGUAACAGAAAUUUUACCACUGAAAAAGAUUGUGUUGAAAUUUAACUUUGAAGGACAGGCUACACACUCUGAUCAGAGGUGUAGUCCAUUGAAUCGAGCAUUGUUCUGUGUACUGGCCUUUAAUGAUAUUUCAACUUAUUUACUACCUCAGAAGUGACGGGCAAAUGCUUAUCUAACUGCAGAGAAAGUGUCUAGGAUUUAAUGUUUUGCUUUCUCUCGCUCCAUAGUGUAAUGAGAGCACCUCAUUGCGUAAUAUCAAGUGCAGUCAUUUUCUGCUUGACUGAUGUCAAGUACCGCGCCAGCCUGUAAAUAUAAUUGUUACAUGUAGAUAGCAGGCAGGAUUCGGAUACUUUGGAUUCACAGUGGGAAACUCCUGAAAUGAACACCAAGUGCCUCUUCUGUUACAUAUCCUGAACGGAAUCACUUUCAGUAUUUUUGUGUCAGUUAAAGGACCCCCGAAUAUUUUCUGAUGUGACAAAAACGAUGAAUGCUUCUUAAUAGGGUUGGGUUGUAUUUGGCAUUUUAACAAAAUACAUUCGGCUAAAUCAUUCUUAUGUUUUGCUGUUCUGAAUGUACACCCUGAAAACUAAAAACAACUGUUAAAAAAGCUUCUCACGCUGUCCUUGCAGGAAGACUUACUACCUCUCAUGUCAAUAUGAAUAUUGAUGCAUCCGAAUUAGAGUACUAUACUCCAAACGUAGCAAGAGAAAAUCAACCCCAUUUUGGUUCAAGUUACUGUACUUACGAAAUGCAAGGAUUUCAUGUAUUAUGUAAUGUCAGUAUGGAACAUUUUAAGCCUGUCCACAUUGUGUCUGACAUGUUUCACUGUGGUCCAGGGUCAAAUAUGUGCAAACAACUUUGAACCUGUGUUUACUUUCUCCUGACUAUGUAAAAACACAAGCAAGACACAAUUUUCCAUCUGUAAUUGUGGAAUACUGUUAGUACUCUUUGGAACACUAAUAGGCUGGCUGUGAACCAAGCGAUCUCAUUUUUUUUCUUAGUUUGCAUUAUCACAUCAUAGCAAUUAAGACCACAAGGCAAGGUGAAUUGUUAUUUUCUUGUCUAAGCAAAACAAAAUAAAUAUGUCCUGUAGAGUUA